AUGGCUAGGGUGGCGUUGGUCGCUGGCUUGAUGGCCGUCUAUGCCUUGUCGGUCUCCGCCGCGGUUGCUGCUCCGCCACCCGCCGACUGCUCCAACGUCGUCACUAGUCUGUUGGAUUGCUUGCCCUACGUGACCAAUGGCAGCGACACCGCCAGCCCCAGCAAGGCGUGCUGUGCCGGUGUUGCCACUGUCGUUACCCAGAGUCCGGUGUGCAUCUGCCAGUCGCUGGACGAGGCUUCCAAUCUCGGCAUCGCCCUCAAUAUUACGCGUGUUGUUGGCCUCCCCGUCGCUUGCUCGGUGCGGGCGCCCAAAGUUCAUUGCGAUGGUAUGUUCGUCUGCUGCAAGUCCUCCAGGUGGUUCUCCACGUGCUGCACCCACACAUCCAUCGCCAGGUCCACCACCAUCACCAUCAGGACCACUGCCAUCUCCAGGUCUGUCACCGCAUCCGGCGCCAACUACACCGCCCUCGCCACCUUCACCGCCGCUCCCAACGCCAGAACCUCCUGCGUCUCCAGCAACUCCACCGCCAAGCACGUCAGUUGA